AUGUCGUCCACCUCCAUGGCGAAGAAGAACAAGGCGAAGAAAGCGGCCGACCCAAACGAGACGUCCAAGCUUUUAGCCGCCAAGAUCUCCCAGCUGGAGCAAGAUGCCGCCGGCGAGAAAGACCAAGAGGCAGAAAUUGAGCGCGAGGUCAAGAAAGCAACUCGUGAUCUCAACCAGCUUUUGAGCAACAUUGAGUCCCCUAUGACCAAACUCGAAACCGUUCAUAAGAAGUACACCGAGCUGUUGGCGGAUAUGAAGAAGUUGGAUCGUGAUUAUUCCAAGAGCAAGAAGCGUGCCGAUCAACUACAGAAAGACCAGGACAAGGGCAAAUCUGAUCUCAACAAGACCGUUACAAUGAAGGACAAGCUGGAGAAGCUGUGUCGAGAACUUACGAAGGAGAACAAGAAGGUCAAGGAUGAGAAUAAGAAGCUGGAAGAUACAGAGAAGAAAGCGCGCUUGAUUGUGAACGAACGUCUCGACUCGCUCCUCUAUGAUAUCCAAGACGUCAUGGCUGCCAAGGGGAACCCUCGCAGCGAAAAGGUGGAAGUUGAUCUGGAUGAAGCACUUCGCGCCAAGCUUAAGACCAUCAGCGAACAGUUCGACACGCGUGACCUGCAUUACAGGGGCCUCCUACGUGGCAAGGACUCUGAGAUCCAAAGCCUCGCUUCCAAGUUUGAGGAGCAGCGCCGUGCUGGUGAAGUCGAAGCCAACCGAAGCCGAGCUUUGACCUCCCAGGUUUCCACUUUCUCUCAUACCGAGGCUGAAUUACGCAGCCAACUCAACAUCUAUGUGGAGAAGUUCAAACAGGUCGAGGACACUUUGAACAACAGCAACGAUCUCUUCCUUACCUUCCGCAAGGAGAUGGAAGAGAUGUCCAAGAAAACCAAGCGCCUGGAGAAGGAGAACCAUACUCUCAACCGGAAGCACGAGCAAACUAACCGCAAUAUCCUGGAAAUGGCAGAGGAACGGACCCGAAACCAUGAAGAACUUGAAAGAUGGCGACGAAAGUGCCACCAUCUAGAAGCCCUUUGCCGGCGUAUGCAAGCCCAGGGCCGAGGCGAAGGACUCGCUCUAGCAGAAGGUGAUGAUCAUUUAGAAGGCGAUGAUGAAGGCACCGAAAGCGAGUACGAUGAUGACUAUGAAGAUGACGAGGAGGAUAUCAGUGAUGAGGAAGAUCUCGAGCCACCCCCUACCCGAGUUGAGCAACCGUCAGAGAAGCCUGUCUUCGGUCCCACCCCGCCCCCAAAUCUUUUGGAGGCUCGAGCGAAUGGCAACGCUGCGGGAGUCAACGGCUUGGUUUUCUAA